AUGGCUUCAAGUUUCACGAUAUCUAUCAGCUACAAGAUUUUAGAGGAUCAUAAACGUCAAGCUAGACCUAAAGGUACAAAUCUUCCCGUGCUUUGUGAAUGGGAGUUGUUACUUGUUAUUGUUAUUACGGGAGCUUCUAUCAAAAGUGACACAGCUGCUGCAUCAUACCAAUUCAUACUGUUGAUGGGUAUCAGACGGAUGAAUAGGAUGGUUAAAGAACAUUUCGAUGAGGAAGUCAUGAAAAAGAGCUCUGAAGAUCGUGCCAUUUAG